UAGAGUUGGACAUACCCGGUAUAAAUAAGACCGCUGAAGAGUCCUUGCAGACCUCUCACAUCUGCAAUAAUUUCCUUAGUACGGUAACAAUGGAUUGUAUCGACAUGAACGCGGUGAGAACAAAUGCCAGUGAUCUUUGUACAUUUCUGUGGAACGGUGAAACAAAGGAGUUUUUAGGCCGAGGAAAGAAAAGUUGGCUUGAGAUUACAGUUUUUUAUAUCAUCUUCUUCGGCGUUCUGAGCGCAUUCUUCAUUUCCACAAUCGUUGUUUUCCACAAGACCAUAGAUGAUGUUGAGCCGAAACUCCAGGGAGACAGCAGUUUAUUAGGAGGAAACCCAGGUUUGGGAUUCCGCCCAAUGCCUGAUUUUAAAACCACCUUAAUACGUGCAUCUAAUGAUUCCAAGACGAUUGAAGCAUAUGUCAACAACAUCAACAAAAUUCUUCAGAAGUACAAAAACCAGACAAAUGCUGUGGACUGCAGCAGUAUAAAUGAGACAAGACCACUUGCUAGAGACCAUUGCUACUUCAACAUCUCUGCACUGACAGAACAUUGUAACGAAGGAAAUGGUUAUGGCUUGAAAGAUGGACAACCUUGUGUCCUGUUGAAACUAAAUAAGGUGUUUGGCUGGACGCCUAAUCCAUGGACAAAAAUGGAGAUUCAGACGGACUCUCGUGUCCCUAACAGCAUCAAAGAUGUCUACUCACCCAAUCAAAUUUGGGUCCACUGUCAUGGAGAGAACGCUGGAGACGUAGACAACUUGGGACACGCCACUGAGGUUAAGUACUACCCACAACAAGGAUUUCCUGUGGCAUAUUAUCCUUACCUAAACCAGGAAAACUACACCUCGCCUCUGGUAUUCGUCCAGUUCCGGAAUCUUACCAAACACGUUGGCCUCAUGGUGGAGUGUAUCGCACUGGAUAGGAAUAUCAAGGUGGACAAAAAAGAUAAAGAAGGCUGUAUCCACUUUGAGCUGAUGGUGGAUUUGUAAAUGGUUCUGUUAUUUCUUUUUGUUUCAAAGUAUUAUUGUACACAUGCAUUUUGAUUACUUGAUGUAAAUAUGAACUAUGUGUCGCGAAUGUGUCUGUGUGUGUGUGUGUGUUUCCGCGUGAGUCCGUCCUUUUAAAAAAAAUUGACUUAAUGCAUUUGGAAUCGUUUAUGUGGAAUAUAAUUCGUACAUAACAUGCUCGUAUAUACAUAAGAUUGACAAAUAAAAAACAUUAAUGGA